UUCUUUGGUAGUGCUCUAACUGACAGCCGGUUGCUAAGCGAGUUAGCCUGUCGCUAAGAGGAGUCGUAGCGGCUUUAACGGCACAAGUUGUGUAGUAUUAAACGGUAUCUAACUCCCUACAGCCAGCGUUAAGUGUUUGUGGUGGGCUAUCUUUGGUUUGAUAUAGCCAGCGUCAGCCGAAGAGGGAGUCCUCCCAUGAAUGAGUGACUCGCAGUGUGUGGCUAACUAGCGAAGAGGAGGGUGGGGACAAAAACUUGGAAGACCUCGCCCAGUCGUUGCUUCACUCCCGCAGGCAGCUAGCUACUCUCUGGACGGUGUGAGGGAUCCACACGCCACUAAAAGCACACCAGUACUCAAAGGGGAGGCCGGCACAGUCGUGUCAAGUAAGGGCAAAAAUAAAAAUUAAUUAAUAAAUAGGCAGCGACCAUGUUCAGGAAGAACUUGAAGAAGGACCCCGAGCUGUUUCAGAAUGUGUCGGAGGGGCUACGGCGGCUCUACCGGACCAAACUGUUCCCGCUGGAGGACACGUAUCGGUUCCACGACUUCCACUCCCCUGCACUCGAGGAUGCCGACUUCGACAACAAGCCCAUGGUCCUCCUGGUGGGGCAGUACUCCACCGGGAAGACCACCUUUAUCCGGCACCUCAUGGAGCAGGACUUCCCCGGUAUGCGGAUUGGCCCCGAGCCGACCACUGACUCUUUCAUCGCGGUGAUGCACGGUGAACAGGACGGGGUGAUCCCGGGAAAUGCUCUGGUGGUCGACCCCAAGAAGCCUUUCCGCAAACUCAACGCCUUCGGUAACGCUUUCCUCAACAGGUUCAUGUGCGCCCAGAUGCCCAACCCGGUCCUGGAGAGCAUCAGUAUCAUCGAUACUCCGGGAAUCCUGUCCGGGGAGAAACAGAGGAUAAGCAGAGGUUAUGAUUUCGCCGCCGUGCUGGAGUGGUUUGCAGAGCGCGUGGACCGCAUCAUCCUCCUGUUCGACGCCCACAAACUGGACAUCUCUGACGAGUUCUCUGAGGUGAUCCGAGCUCUGAAGAACCACGAGGACAAAAUGCGCGUGGUGCUGAACAAAGCGGACCAGAUCAGCACUCAGCAGCUGAUGAGGGUCUAUGGAGCGCUAAUGUGGUCUUUGGGAAAAAUUAUCAACACGCCUGAGGUGGUGCGCGUAUACAUCGGGUCGUUCUGGGCUCAGCCACUGUUGGUCCCAGACAACAGGAAGUUGUUUGAGGCGGAGGAGCAGGACCUGUUCCUGGACAUCCAGUCGUUGCCACGCAACGCAGCCCUACGCAAACUCAAUGACCUCAUCAAACGAGCACGCCUCGCCAAGGUGCAAGCCUACAUUAUCAGCUCUUUGAAAAAGGAAAUGCCGAGUGUGUUUGGAAAGGACUCCAAGAAGAAGGAGCUGAUAGCCAACCUGGGAGAGAUCUACCAUAGGAUCGAGAAGGAACACCAGAUCUCACCUGGAGACUUCCCCAACCUCGCCAAGAUGCAGGAGCUGCUGAAUGGCCAGGACUUCUCUAAGUUUGUAGUGCUGAAGCCCAAGCUGCUUGAGGCCGUGGAGGACAUGCUCGCCAACGACAUCGCCCGUCUCAUGGCCAUGGUGCGCCAGGAAGAGGCCGCCAUGCCCAGCCAGUCCGUCAAGGGUGGAGCCUUUGAAGGAACCAUGACCGGCCCCUUCGGUCACGGCUACGGAGAGGGCGCCAGCGAAGGCAUCGACGAGCUGGAGUGGGUGGUGGGUCGCGACAAGCCCACGUACGACGAGAUCUUCUACACCCUCUCCCCCAUCAACGGCAAAGUGUCCGGUGGUGCAGCCAAGAAGGAGAUGCUGAAGUCCAAGCUGCCCAACACGGUCCUGGGAAAGAUCUGGAAGCUAGCAGACGUGGAUAAAGAUGGCCUCCUCGAUGACGAGGAGUUCGCCCUGGCCAACCACCUGAUCAAGGUGAAGCUGGAGGGCCACGAGCUGCCGCCCACGCUGCCCGAACACCUGGUGCCCCCAUCCAAACGCGGGACAGUCGUGCAGGACUAGAGGAGGGGGGAGCAGUCUGUGGAGACCAGCCAUGUCAUCAUGUUUCGGACUCUCCAAGUCCAACCACAACAGCACAUGAAGAGCAUCGUCCUCCAUCAGGCUGCGAGUCUCCAGGCUUCCUGUCACACCACGAGGAGCUGUCGCUGUGAUCUUUUUCACCAGAGAGAGACUGGAGGGGUUCAGGGGGAGGGGAGGUCCGUCUUUGUGCAUUAGGGGAUAAUGUUUCAAUAUCUAUUAGAA